UGAGAAGAUUACGCCUCCUCCAAUCCUCCUCAGCAGAAACUCUCACGCUGCCAUCGACUUUCUAAUCUCACCUUUCCUAUCGCAAUUGAGAAGCUUGCCCUCCUUCUCUCCAAUUCAUUACCUCUUCCUGCACACCACAGCUCCUCGUCCGACCAAAAAAAUAGAGAAAGCUGCGAGAGCAGUCUACACGAAAUUUCUCAUCACACUUCAUAGACCGUACGAUUGAAGAUCGCAUACACCUGUGUUCCAAGCCUCGCACACCAUGUUCGGCUCAGGCCCUCAGACCGGCAUUUCCACACCACGCUCUCAAGCGUCUCUUCGACCCCUCGUUCUAUCACAUGGCACCCUCGAAUAUACACUACUGAUACCCACCGCUCUUCAUUUCAAUGCCUCCCAGCUGAAAGAAGGCUUCGAUGCCACUCUUCCAGAACCAACCGACGAACUAGCGCAGGAUGACGAGCCCUCAUCCGUCACUGAGUUAGUAGCGCGAUACCUGGGCCAUUGUGCAAAGGAGGUGGACGAGGGUGAUGAUCCUGGCUCUUUCGAGGAGGUUCUCAAACUUGUCUUUAACGAGUUUGAAAGAGCUUUCCUACGUGGUAAUGAAGUCCACGCGGUAGCCGCAACACUACCGGGAAUUGAGCAGAAAAAGAUUGUCACUGUCAAAUCAUACUACGCUGCACGGUCCGCUAUAGACCGUCCGAUAAAAUUUCAUGAGUCUGCGCUCUUCAGAGAAGUCUCGGAUGAGAAUGCCUUUGUCUACGCUGUGUUUGGCGGUCAAGGAAACAUCGAGGAAUACUUCGACGAACUUCGCGAAAUUCAUACCACCUACCCGUCAUUCACUGAAGACUUCAUCGAGUCCGCCGCUCGCCACCUGCAACAGCUUUCGCGCGACCCUCGAGCAGAGAAGCUGUAUGCGAAAGGGCUAGAUGUUAUGAGAUGGCUUAACAAUAAGGAAGCGCAACCAGAUAUCGAUUACCUGGUUUCUGCUCCUGUUAGUUUUCCUCUCAUCGGGCUGACGCAGCUCGCGCACUACGUCGUGACGUGUAGAGUCAUCGGUACUCAUCCGGGCUACUUGAGAGAGCGAUUGAGUGGGACUACGGGUCAUUCCCAAGGUGUUGUGACUGCUGCCGCGAUAUCGUCUGCUAAGAACUGGGAAACAUUUGAUGUUGCUGCACGUACGGCGCUCACUACUUUGUUCUGGAUUGGAUGCCGCAGUCAGCAGGCAUACCCACGCACGUCACUUGCACCAUCAGUGCUGCAAGAUUCGGAAGACAAUGGCGAAGGAACCCCAACCCCAAUGCUCUCGAUUCGAGACCUCCCACGGUCAGCAGUACAGGCCCAUAUCGACGCGACCAACGAGCAUUUACCUACAGACCGACACAUCGCCAUCUCUCUUGUCAACAGUGCACGCAACUUCGUUGUCACUGGGCCACCAAUCUCCCUGUAUGGUCUGAAUCUUCGUCUCCGCAAGACAAAGGCUCCCACAGGCUUGGACCAAACGCGUAUUCCUUUUACGGAUCGCAAAGUCCGCUUCGUCAAUCGGUUCCUUCCCAUUACCGCGCCAUUCCAUUCUCCAUACCUCUCUGGUGCAUACAAGCUAAUCGAGGAGGAUCUCAAAGAUACUCAUAUCAGCAGAGAAAGCUUGGGUAUUCCUUUGUUCGACACGAAUACUGGGGCCAACCUACAGAAGGCUAAAUCAUCAAACAUCAUUCCUGAUCUUGUACGAAUGAUCACACAAGAUCCUGUGAACUGGGAAACAGCGACAAAAUUCCUGAAGGCAACACAUAUUCUCGAUUUCGGUCCCGGUGGCAUAUCUGGCCUCGGAGUUCUAACAAAUCGCAACAAGGAUGGUACUGGAGUUCGGGUCAUCUUGGCUGGUACUAUCGAUGGUACUAACGCCGAGGUUGGCUAUAAGCCGGAGCUUUUCGACCGUGACGCUGAGCAUGCCGUCAAAUAUGCCGUUGAUUGGGUCAGAGAGCAUGGGCCGAAGCUCGUUAAAACUUCUGCCGGACAGACUUUCGUAGACACCAAGAUGAGCAGAAUGCUUGGUCUACCGCCUAUCAUGGUUGCUGGUAUGACUCCUACGACUGUGUGGCCAGAGUUCGUAGCUGCAACAAUGAAUGCAGGCUACGAGAUCGAACUGGCUGGGGGUGGGUACUACAACGAAAAGAGCAUGACUGAGGCGAUCUCGAAGGUGGAAAAGUCCAUUCCUCCAGGACGUGGUAUCACUGUGAACCUUAUCUAUGUCAACCCCAGAGCCAUGGGCUGGCAGAUUCCAAUGAUCGCCAAGCUACGUGCCAGUGGCGUCCCUAUUGAGGGACUCACGAUUGGUGCUGGUGUCCCGUCUAUUGAAGUAGCAAACGAGUAUAUCGAGACUUUGGGCAUUAAGCACAUUGCCUUUAAACCAGGAUCCUCGGAGGCGAUCCAACAAGUCAUCAAUAUCGCUAGAGCAAACCCUGCCUUCCCAGUCAUCAUGCAAUGGACUGGUGGCCGUGGCGGUGGCCAUCACUCAUUUGAAGACUUCCACCAACCGAUCCUGCAAAUGUACAGCCGGCUUCGAAAGUGUAGCAAUUUGAUUCUUGUAGCUGGUAGUGGAUUUGGUGGGGCUGAAGACACUUACCCCUAUCUCACGGGUGCUUGGUCAAAGAAAUAUGGUUAUCCGCCUAUGCCUUUCGAUGGAUGCAUGUUCGGUAGUCGCAUGAUGACCGCGAAAGAGGCAUUCACCUCCAAGAACGCGAAGCAGGCUAUCGUAGACGCUCCAGGCUUGGACGAUUCUGAAUGGGAGAAGACAUACAAAGGCCCCGCCGGAGGCGUUAUCACCGUUCGUUCCGAAAUGGGCGAACCGAUUCAUAAACUUGCUACUAGGGGUGUUCAAUUCUGGGCUGAGAUGGAUCAAAAGAUUUUCAGUCUAGAUAAAGCCAAACGCAUCCCUGAACUCAAGAAAAACCGUGACUACAUCAUCAAGAAACUGAACGAAGACUUUCAGAAGGUCUGGUUUGGUCGCAACGCCGCAGGACAGUCUGUAGAUCUUGAAGACAUGACCUACGCAGAGGUCGUUCGGCGAAUGGUUCAUCUGAUGUACGUCAAGCAUGAGAAGCGCUGGAUCGAUAAGAGUUUAGCGAGACUGACUGGCGACUUCAUUCGACGUGUUGAGGAACGGUUUUCGAGCGUGGGGAAGGAAUCGCUUCUGCAAAGCUAUUCUGAACUAGAUGCUCCUUUUGAGACGGUGGAAAACAUUUUAAAGGCAUAUCCUGAGGCUGAAGCUCAGCUUAUCAAUGCGCAAGAUGUCCAACACUUCCUUCUGCUAUGCCAGCGCCGCGGCCAGAAGCCUGUCCCGUUCGUUCCUGUCCUUGACAGCACUUUCGAGUUUUUCUUCAAGAAAGACUCUCUAUGGCAAUCCGAAGACUUGGAAGCGGUUGUUGACCAAGACGUUGGGAGGACCUGUAUCCUCCAAGGUCCAAUGGCCGUUAAAUACUCAACAAAGGUCGACGAGCCUAUCAAGGAAAUUUUGGAUAACAUCCAUAACAGUCAUAUCAAGAGCCUUACCCAGGAUGUUUAUGGCGGAGACGAGUCCAAGAUCCCAGUCACUGAAUAUUUUGGAGCCCACGUCGUCGAGUAUAGCGAGGUUGUGGAGAAUGAGGGUCUGACAAUCUCUGAACUUGAGGGCAAGGCGAUCUAUCGCCUGGCAUCAACACCAAAUACCGCUUUGCCUGAUCUCGCAUCAUGGCUUCAAAUCCUUGCCGGGCAGGGAUACUCUUGGCGUCACGCUUUCUUCACAGCCGAUGUAUUUGUACAGGGCCAACGUUUCCAGACUAACCCUAUGCACCGCAUAUUCGCGCCUACUCCAGGCAUGACUGUAGAGAUUGCUCACCCCAAUGAUCCAGAACAGACUGUGAUCACUGUCAGGGAACUAUACAACGGUGGCAAAUAUGUCAAGACGGUCGAAAUCAGUAAACCUAAGGGCAAUGAAAUCACGGUGAACCUGAUUGAGGGCCGAACUGCUGAAGGCAAGCCUGUAGCACUUCCACUCAAGUUCACCUACCACCCGGAGACUGGGUACGCCCCGAUCCGCGAGGUCAUGAGCGAAAGGAAUGACCGCAUCAAAGAGUUCUAUUACCGAGUCUGGUUCGGUGAUGAAGUUUGUCCUUUCGAUGCGUCUGUCGAUUCCAAAUUCGAAGGUGGGCAGGCCAAGGUCACUGGUGAGGCCAUCAAUGACUUCAUCCACGCGGUCGGCAACACAGGUGAAGCUUUCGUUGAACGCCCAGGCCACGAAGUAUUUGCGCCCAUGGAUUUUGCCAUCGUCAUUGGCUGGAAGGCCAUUACCAAGCCAAUUUUCCCAAGGGUCAUUGAUGGCGAUCUGUUGAAGCUGGUACACCUUUCGAACGGCUUCAGGAUGAUACCCGGGGCGGAGCCACUCAAAAAGGGUGAUGUCCUCAGUACCACAGCUGAAGUCAACGCUGUCAUCAAUCAAGAUUCUGGCAAGAUGGUCGAGAUUUGUGGAACUAUCACCCGGGACGGUCUGCCUGUGAUGGAAGUCACUAGUCAGUUCCUUUACCGUGGGGUUUACAACGAUUUCGAGAAUACCUUUCAAAGGAAAAUCGAAACUCCAAUGGAGCUCCAUCUCACGACAUCAAAGGACAUUGCUAUCUUACGCUCUAAGGAAUGGUUCCGCACGGAUGAACCAGACCUGGACCUCCUCGAUAAGACCUUGACCUUCAAGCUGCAAAGUCUCGUUCGCUACAAGAGCAAGACUAUUUACAGCUCAGUCCAGACCAUUGGUGAGGUCCUUCUGGAGUUGCCCACCAAAGAAGUUAUCCAGAUCGCAUCAGUUGAAUACGAAGCUGGUGUCUCUCAAGGCAACCCGGUCUUGGACUACCUCCAGAGGAACGGCUCGGCCAUGGACCAGCCUGUCAACUUCGAGAACCCAAUCCCGCUAAGUGGCAAGACGCCUUUGACUCUUAAGGCUCCGGCUUCGAACGAGACAUACGCUAAGGUCUCGGGUGACUAUAACCCAAUUCACGUUUCUCGAGUGUUCUCGAGCUACGCAGGACUGCCUGGUACUAUCACUCAUGGCAUGUAUUCAAGUGCCGCUGUUAGGAGUCUAGUAGAGACAUGGGCUGCAGAAAACCACGUUGGUCGUGUCCGUAGUUUCCACGCCUCCCUCGUCGGAAUGGUACUACCUGACGACAUAAUUGAAGUAAAAUUACAGCACGUAGGCAUGGUCGCCGGUCGCAAAAUCAUCAAAAUAGAGGCUAGCAAUAAGGAGACUGAAGAUAAGGUUCUCAUCGCCGAGGCCGAGGUCGAACAACCAGCGACGGCUUACGUCUUCACUGGACAAGGCUCUCAAGAGCAAGGUAUGGGUAUGGACCUAUAUGAAAGCAGCCCGGUCGCCAAAGAGGUAUGGGAUCGUGCUGACAAGCAUUUCUUGGACAACUAUGGUUUUGCCAUUACGAACAUUGUCAAGAACAACCCGAAAGAGUUCACAGUCCAUUUCGGUGGUCCUCGUGGCAAAGCAAUCCGCCAGAACUACAUGUCCAUGACUUUUGAGACUGUAGGUGCGGACGGCACGGUCAAGUCGGAAAAGAUCUUUAAGGACAUUGAUGAGAACACCACAUCCUACACCUAUCGUUCGCCCACCGGAUUGCUAUCCGCCACCCAAUUCACGCAGCCUGCAUUGACGUUGAUGGAGAAGGCGUCCUUUGAAGACAUGAGAAGCAAAGGUCUCGUUCAGCGUGACAGCAGUUUUGCUGGUCACUCUUUGGGCGAGUACUCGGCUCUUGCUGCUCUUGCCGAGGUCAUGCCAAUCGAAAGCUUGGUGUCUGUUGUGUUCUAUCGGGGUCUGACCAUGCAAGUCGCCGUCGAGCGUGACGAGGCUGGUCGUUCCAACUACUCCAUGUGCGCCGUCAACCCGAGCAGGAUCUCGAAAACCUUCAACGAGCAAGCCUUGCAAUACGUCGUGGAGAACAUUGCAGAGGAAACUGGCUGGCUUCUCGAGAUCGUCAACUACAAUAUUGGCAAUCUGCAAUACGUCUGCGCCGGAGAUCUCCGCGCUCUCGACUGCCUUACAAAUGUCACAAACUAUCUGAAGGCCCAAAAGGUGGAUAUCCAGGGUUUGAUGGAGACCAUGUCUCUGGAAGACGUCAAGGAGCAACUUCUCGAUAUCGUUCGCGAGAGUGCGAAGCAAACUGAAGCUAAGCCACAGCCUCUCGAGCUACAGCGCGGCUUCGCAACCAUCCCGCUCCGUGGAAUCGAUGUACCUUUCCACAGCACUUUCUUGCGCUCCGGUGUCAAGCCUUUCCGAAGCUUCCUGCUCAAGAAGAUCAACAAGACGUCUAUCGACCCCAGCAAGCUGAUUGGCAAAUACAUUCCCAACGUGACCGCGCGGCCCUUUGAGAUUACAAAGGAGUACUUUGAGGAUGUGUAUCGUUUGACCAAUUCGCCUAAGAUCGGCAACAUUCUUGCAAACUGGGAUAAGUAUGAGGACAAGGACGACGUCAAGGUCGCUACUGCGGCUUAGUCUGGAUGGUCAGUUUUCGGGGCGGGGAAAGACAUUGACGUUCCGAUCGGGAUACAUGUAAUGAAUGACACUCUGGCUGUACAUCUCAGGAGUUUGGGACUUGUAUGUACCUAUAUAGAUGUUUGUGUACGCGCAAGCAAAAGCUAGAUCGCGAUCUCUUUUUCGUUACAUGCUUUGGUCGUCUUGAUGAGGGCUUGACGGACAAAGGUAUGUAGCAAUAUAGGAUCCGAGCAAAUGAAAUAAUUCAAUGUUCGAUGCA